GAGUCGUAAUUAUAUUUAUUUUAUUUGAAAAAUUCCUACCUACUGGAACUUCACAUGCGGAGUGCGAUAGUAACUAUUAUUAAUUUCUAGUAUUCAACCUUCAGUGUUGUAAAAAUAAUGUACCAUUCUCCUAAACAUUUUUUAAAUUCUGUUUUCCUUAGAAUAUAUAUAAGAUUGCGAUUAGUCUUUAAAAUUUGUAAUUAAAAGAAAAAUUUUAAACAUUGACUAUUUCAUGAAAUUUUUUACGUAUGAUCAACUGCCAGUUGUUUGCGUGAUACUUACAGCAUAGGAGUUGCUCGUUUAUAUUAUCAUCAUGCAUAUUUUACGUUCAUUGAUAAUAAUUACAUCAAUAUGUACACUACAAGUAUACAGCAAAACUGUAGAUUCUUCUCAAGCUUCAAAUAUUUUGGUUUUUUUCCCGAAUGGUAUUAAAAGCCAUUUUAUAGGAUUUAAAACUCUAUUUGAAGCUCUCGUUGACAAAGGACAUAACUUGACCCUAGUUUCGCCAUUUUCAUUGGGCGAAACAAAACAUCCAUAUUAUCAUGUUGAUAUUGAACAAGAACAGAAAAUGGAUAUUCCAGGUGGAACUAUGUUUGAUUUCGCUAAAAUAUUAAAUUUAAUAAUAACACCAAUACAAAUAAAUUGGUUAGGGCCUUUGAUCACUGAAAUGUCUUUAAAUAAAACAGCUAUAAAGAAAUUCAUAGCUGAAGAUCAAACUCCUUUCGAUGUAAUUAUAUUUGAAAAUUUUUACCACGAAGCAUUUGUAGCUUUGGGGUAUAAGUACAAUGCUCCUGUUGUUCAACUUCUUCCUUUUGCGACCAACGCUCGAGUAUCUCAGUGGAAUUCCAACCCUUACAACCCAGCUUAUAUAACGGAUAUUACGUCUUCAUUUCCUUCAAACAUGACAUUCGUACAAAGAUUGAUCAAUACAGUAUCGGUAUUCUUGUAUACUGCGUUUAAUAGGAUAGCAUAUAUUCCUCAACAAGAAAGACUAAUGAACAAGUAUAUGACUUAUGUUGGACAUGAGAAUCGACCAAGUUUAGUUGAAUUAUUACGCAAUAUAUCUUUGACACUUAUUAAUACUCAUCCUGUAAUCGGAUAUCCCUAUCCAAUGAUACCGAGUUAUGUGCACGUUGCUGGUAUGCAUUGCAAGCCUCCAAAGGAAUUGCCUGAGGAUUUAAAGACCAUAAUGGAUACGUCUAAAAAAGGUGUUGUAUAUUUUAGCUUAGGAUCUGUAAUUCGGUCAGCGGAUAUGCCAAAAGAAAUACAAUCAAUGUUACUCUCGGAACUAUCAAAAAUUGAACAAACUGUUUUGUGGAAGUGGGAAGGUGACAAAUUACCUCAGUUACCCAAAAAUGUGAUUGUACGCAAAUGGUUCCCACAAAAUGACAUAUUAGCACACCCAAAAUGUAAAUUGUUUAUAACACAUGGCGGUAUACACAGCAUCAUUGAAGCUGUUCAUUUUGGAGUUCCCAUGUUGUCCAUGCCUGUUUUUGGAGAUCAAGAAGGAAAUUCACUUCGAGCUGAAUAUAAUGGAAUAGCUAUAAAAGUGCCUUAUUUUAGUUUAACUCACCAAGCUUUUGGUGAUGCUUUGCACAAACUUUUAAAUAAUCCAAGUUAUGCCUUAAGUGCUAAAAAAAUAUCAGCAAUUUUUAAAGACGAACCUUUAACACAAUUAGAAAAGGCUAUAUUUUGGAUAGAGUAUGUGAUAAGACAUAAAGGUGCAGCACACUUAAAAACUUCAGCCAACGAACUUUAUUGGUUCCAAUAUUUGUUACUUGAUAUAUUUUUUUCUAUUUCAUGCAUUCUUUUGAUUUCAUUUUAUGUUAUCAAAAAAUUAGUUAAAAGGACUUGUAAAAUUUGCUCUAAAGAAAAAACACCCAAAAAUAAAAAAGACCAAUAAUUCAUUAAAACUAUUGUAUUUUUUAAUUCAUUUUUAAAUAAUAAACAAAUUUUUUAUUUUUAUUGGUUUUAAUUAGAUUUAUUACUUUUAAUUUUUGUAACAUAGUACACUUCUGUUAGAUCAUUUUUUUGUAUAAUUUCUUUUACCAAACAUACUUAGAAAACUGUUAUUUGAUUCACUUAAAAAUACAGUUUGGUUUACCACUAUGGAAUUCUAAUCAGAUAAGAUUGAAAAGAUAGUUUGGAUAAAAUACAAAUUAGAUUUUUAUACAUAAGAUAUAAAGUUAAAAUGAUAAAUAAGCCUUUAAGUAAUAUAGAUAAGUUAUAUAACUUAGAACCUAUAUUACCAUGACAGAAAACUUUUCAUAAAAAUGAUAAACAAUAAGACAAUUUGUCCAAAAAACUUGCAACAUUUUUUUAUUGUACCCAUUUAUAAUAUUCGUCGCCAUCUACCAUACAACCAGUUGCACUGACUAAACUAUGUCAAAUUUAGUUUGUUAUGCUGUAUUUUCUCAUUAAGUUACCAAAUUAAUAUGUAAUAAUUUAAAUAUUUUGUGUAAAAAUUUGUGUAUAAUAAUUAAAAAUCUAAUUUUAUUGUA